AUGGCACAACACCAGGGCCUCGCGAAAGACCUCUUUGAGGAUAUGGGGCGCAAAGUCGCGGAGGCGAGCGCACAAGAGGGCGACGACACUGACACAAAAGUUGUCGACGAGAUCGAGAGCUUGUGCAUGAACUGCCACGAAAAUGGCACCACGCGACUUCUUCUCACCAAAAUCCCCUUCUUCCGCGAGAUCGUCAUCAUGUCCUUUGCGUGCCCGCACUGCAACCUCAAGAACGCCGAAAUACAAUCUGCUGGCGAGAUACAGCAGCGCGGCGUCAAGUUCUCGAUGAAGGUCGAAACGGCAGAGGAUCUGAACCGACAGAUUAUCAAGAGUGACACGGCGAUAUUCCGGGUCGAAGACAUCGAUCUGGAGAUUCCACCAGGUCGAGGACAACUGACAAAUGUUGAGGGUAUUCUUGCGAUGGUCGCGCAAGAUCUAGAGCAGAAGCAGGACGAGAGGAAGGAGGUUAUGCCGGAGGUUUACGAGAAGCUCCAAGGCGUUAUCGAUACGAUCAAGCAAAUGUCCAACGGCGAGAAACUGCCCUUCAAGCUCACGAUCGACGAUCCGGCUGGCAACUCUUCGAUCGAACCGCCAACAGUGCUUUCUGCAGGAAAGUACUCGCGACACGAAUACCCGCGAACUGCUGCUCAAAAUGAAGCGCUCGGAUUGGGUGACAGCAGCGGCGAGGCACCGGAUACCGACAUCCGGCCAGAGUACCACGCCUCUCAGAUGUAUCCUGAGAUGCCUGCUUCAGCUCCCAUGGUGAACAACGUGGAUGAGGACGACAUUGUCGAGAACCAGGUGUACUCGUUCCCCGCCACGUGCCCAGGAUGCACAAAGUCUUGCACAACGAACAUGAAGAUGGUCAACAUCCCCCACUUCAAGCAGGUGAUAUUGAUGAGCACUGUCUGCGACCACUGCGGAUAUCGCAGUAACGAAGUCAAGACUGGAGGUGAAGUUCCAGAGAAAGGCCGUCGCAUCACGGUGAACGUCAACACCAAGGAAGACCUGUCGCGAGAUAUCCUCAAAGCCGAAUCGUGCGCAAUGUCAUGCCCAGAGCUCAAUCUCAGCGUCGAGCCAGGAACUCUUGGUGGCCGGUUCACAACGGUGGAAGGCCUCCUAACACAGGUUCGCGACGAUCUUCGCUCUUCCAUCUUCGACGUGGGCGAUGGAGGUGACUCGAUGAACGCAACAUCCAAGGACAAGUGGGGCAGCUUCUUCGAGCAGCUUACCGAAGCCAUCAACGGCAACGUCAAGUUUACCAUUAUACUCGAGGAUCCGCUGGCUAGCAGCUACGUGCAGAGCUUCACUGCGCCAGAACCCGAUCCUCAGAUCAAGGUUGAAGAGUACAAUCGCACAGCGGAGGAGGAGGAAGAGCUGGGUCUGACGGAUAUGAAGACUGAGGGGUAUGAGGAGGAGGAUGCGGCGACGAAGGCUGCGAGUACGGACGGCGCAUAG